GCACUCCCAAGUCAGCGCGGUGAGUCGCUCACCUCCUUCCCUCCCGUAAAGUGCUCUCUCUCUCGCGUGAGGCGGAUCGCAUUGAAAGAAAACUCCAGGAGGUGAAAUAAACUCACGCGGACACAAACAUCCUCCACCGGGGACGAAGCGGAACGGUUUUGCGGCAGAAAUCCCGCGACCAGAGCCCCUCUUUUUACGGGGCAAAGGCGGCUGAACUUUUUUUUCCUCUUUUUAAAACUGCAACCUUUAAAAAUAAAAAAAAUGAAUCGGAGCUUUAACAGAUCGCAACCUCUGCGGAAUGCGGAUUGUAACGCGGUGGAGGUGAAAAGCAAGUAUGGGGCCGAAUUUCGCCGCUUCGCCGUGGAUCGGGUCAAGCCCGGCAAGUUUGAAGAGUUUUACAAGCUCAUUCUGCACGUUCACCGCAUCGCUAACAUGGAGGUGAUGAUCGGCUAUGCCGACAUCCACGGGGACUUGCUGCCGAUCAACAACGACGACAACUUCUGUAAGGCGGUGUCCACGGCUCACCCGCUGCUCCGGAUCAUCAUACAGAGACAAGAAGAGGUCGACUAUGCUAACUACGGCACCAACACGAUAACCCGUAAGAAGAAGGCGGUGGUCGCACUGCGCAAUAAUGACAUCAACCGCAAGCGGCCACACAUCCGCAUCGGCAUGCCGCAGGACUUCCGGCCCGUCUCCUCCAUCAUUGACGUGGACAUCCUACCCGAGUCUCACCGCCGUGUCCGACUGUAUCGUCACGGCUCGGACAAACCCCUGGGCUUUUACAUCCGAGAUGGAACCAGUGUGCGCGUGACCCCGCACGGGCUCGAGAAAGUCCCCGGCAUCUUCAUAUCUCGGAUGGUGCCUGGAGGGUUGGCGGAGAGCACCGGGCUGCUGGCGGUCAACGAUGAGGUGCUGGAGGUCAACGGCAUUGAAGUGACUGGGAAGUCCUUGGAUCAGGUCACGGAUAUGAUGAUCGCCAACAGUCACAACCUGAUUGUGACCGUCAAGCCGGUGAACCAGCACAAUAAUGUGGUCCGCGGCAGUCGAAUCUCUGGGAGUUCAGGCCAGUCGUCUGACAGCAGCGGAUCGACUGGUUACCCGAGUUUGUCAGUGGCCUCUGUGGGUGUGAUUUCCUCUGGAGCGCAUGGUUACCAAGACGAUCUGGAGAGCGACGAGGAGACUGAUAUUGUCAUUGAGAGCAGCAUCAAGCGGCCGUCUCAGAGGUCCAACGCUUCCCUGGCGUCCAGUGCGUCUCGAACGCAGCAACAGACGCCAACAACCGCUUCAGGCCCGGCGGCACCGCCGAGCCCGCCCACGCGUCCUUCAUCGGUGGUCUCCACCGCCUCCUUCCACUCCCAGUCGAGCCUCAACGGAGGGUCCCACCACCACCAUCACCUCCACCACCACCACAGCAGCAGCCUCAGCUACCAGCUCCACAGAGACCUGACCCUUCAGCAGAACUCGCACCAGCAGUCCCAGCACCGUCAUCACCAAGUACAGCCUCCGCAUCACAGCAGCAACCCAGCGCUCCGCCACAGCAACGGCAGCCUGCACAAAAUCCUCAGCUCCCUGAAAACGGACCCACGACACAGCCUCGCACUGCCCAGGGGGGGGGUGGAGGAGGACGGCACCGUCAUCACCCUAUAAUACUUAUAAACACACACACAGACAGAAUCCUCCAAACUGCUCAGAGACUUGAACUGGAACACCAGGCCGGAUAUAUAUAUGAGCUUUAGUGUGUUUUGUCAGAUUCUAAUUUUGUGAAUUUGGUUUGUUUUUACGAGAUCUUUUAAUAAUUGGAAGUUACAAGCCAGGAAACAAGGAAAAUGUAUUGUAUAUAUUUCCUGUAUUUUUAAAAGUGUCUUUUUCUUGCAUCAAAAGAUUUGUACGUAUGUCGUAAG